UACGGUCUUACAAACCCAUCCGCCACUAGGUUCUUUCCCACAAGUCAUUGCUGUCGAGCGCUGAAUUCGUGACCUCCACACAGAACAGUGCACUGAGAAUCUGAAGAUGGCUGGCGCAUUCGCAGGCUGGUGGGCCAAAGUGAGCCCAUACUACACCAAGGCGUAUCAGGAGAUGUGGGUUGGUGUUGGGGUCAUGACAUACCUGUACUAUAAGGUCUCUUAUGGAGGAAAGAAAGCUGCUGUAGAUUCAAGUGCCCAUGCUGUGAAAAGUGCCCCCAGUCACACUGCGAAGCCAGCCGACAGCGCAGCAAAGGCAGCCACCGCCGCGGCAACAAGUCUAGUCGUCGUAGCAGCGGGUGAUGUCACCAUGAGCGACAUCUUGCAGAGGCAACACAAAAAUCUCAUCCUGGAGGAAAGGAAACUGAACCUGGAGAUUGAGAAAUUGGAACUUGAGAAAGUUAAACUGAAGUCUGACAUGAGAAAGUAGCCAUGAACAGUACAUUUCCAUCAGUACAUGAGAUUACCAGUGCAACUCAGACAACCUUGUGUACAGUUAAUAAAAUUGUAUAAAAAUCUGA